AUGUGCCAUAAUAAUCCUCAGUGGACGAAAGUUCUACCUACUGUACUACUGGGGCUACGCUCCACUUUCAGAGAAGAAUUCCAAACAACUCCAUCGAAAUUGGUUUAUGGCUCAAAUAUAAGAUUACCUAGUGAUUUUCUUCAUGAGACACAAGCAUCUACUGACAUUUCUACUUUCGCUGGUCAACUAACGAAAUAUUUCUCUCAAGUUAGGCCUGCUCCACCUUCACGACAUGGAAAAUCUCCCAUUUUUGUGACGAAAGAUCUUAACACUACUUCUCAUGUAUUCGUACGAACUGACGCCGUUCGUCCACCACUUCAACCCCCAUAUGAAGGACCUUUUAAAGUACUUUCCAGAAGUAAAGAUUACUACACACUAUCAAUAAAGGAAAAAUCUCGAAAUAUCUCUAUUAAUCGUUUAAAACCAUGCUUCAUAGAACAGUCUGCAGACUUGAAGAACAACGCCUCUUCCUUCAGUUCAAUGCCAACAGUCGGCACACCUUCAGUCCUUCCAAAAAUUGCUGCUUCAAAUAUCAAGAAGAAAAGAGUGACAUUUUCUGACGAACCGCCUAAGAAAUCUUUUUUUAACAAGACUUCACGUGUUGGGAGACCUAUUAAAGCUCCAUCUAAAUUUCUCGAUUCGUUCGAAUGA